AUGCAGGCUCCAGGGUCAGGUUUGUCUUCUAUGGAUACUGACUGGCCCCCAAAGAAGAAGAGGAAGCCCAAAAUGGAACCAGUUACGUUCGAAGACGUCACUGUGAUCUUCACGGAGGCGGAAUGGAAGAGCCUGAGCUGUGAGCAGAAGAACCUGUACAAGGAGGUGAUGCUGGAGAUGUAUAGGCAUCUGCUGUCGUUGGAAGUGCCUUCUGCAACAAAACUUAAAAUUAAAUGCCAAAUAUGCUCGUGUGCAGGAAACCACUUUCCUCCAGGGGAUCCGAGCCCCGGGCGACAGAAGCAGCAGGAGCAGCAGGACUCUGCUCAGAGCUGCUGCAGUGAACACUCCGAAGGUCGGGGGAGAGGAGAGGACUCCAAACCCUGGUGUAGGGGGACAGGGGAGCGAGCGACUGCAAGGGCACUGUCCAGCCCCCCCCAGGGACAGUCAGCAGGCCCUGGAGAAGGCAGCGUGGUGGUAGGAAUCGAGGCCAAGUCAGCCCUGACAGAAUCAGAAGCCUCAGGAUGUGGUGCCAUCAACUGUAGAGAGGAUGAGCCAGCCUGUGGCCUGAAUUCAAAUGUCAUCACAAAGCAGAGGUCCCCCUUCCGGGAGAAGCCUUAUGUGCACAGCGAGUAUGGCCGAGACUUCAGCCACAAAUCAUUUCUCAUCACACAUCAGAGCACACGCUCAAGUGAGAAACCUCACGUGUGCCUGGAGUGUGGACGUGGGUAUAAUCGGAAAUCACGCCUCCUAAUGCACCAGAGGACACACUCAGGGGAGAAGCCUUAUGUGUGCAAGGAGUGUGGCCGAGGCUUUAACCAGGAAUCAAUCCUUCUUACCCACCAGAAGGCACACUCAGUGGAGAAGCCCUAUGUGUGUGGUGAGUGUGGAUGGGGCUUUAACAGGAAAUCCCACCUCCUUAUGCACCAGAGGACACACUCUGGGGAGAAGCCCUAUGUGUGUGGUGAGUGUGGACGUGGCUUUAACAGGAAAUCCCGCCUCUUUCUCCAUCAGAGGACACACUCAGGGGAGAAGCCCUAUGUGUGCAGUGAGUGUGGCCAGGGCUUUAACCGGAAUUCACGCCUUUUUCUCCACCAGAGGACACACUCUGGGGAGAAGCCCCAUAUUUGCAGUGAGUGUGGCCGAGGUUUUAACUGGAAAUCACGCCUCAUUAUCCACCAGAGGACACACUCAGGGGAGAAGCCUUAUGUGUGCAAGGAGUGUGGCCGAAGCUUUACCCAAAAGUCAGGCCUCCUUCUGCACCAGAAGACACACUCAGGGGAAAAGCCCUAUGUGUGCAGUGAGUGUGGACGUGGCUUUAACUGGAAAUCACGCCUCCUCCUCCACCAGAGGACACACUCUGGAGAGAAGCCUUACAUGUGCCUGGAGUGUGGCCGAAGUUAUAACUGGAAAUCACGCCUUCUUAUGCACCAGAGGACACACUCUGGGGAGAAGCCUUAUGUUUGCAGUGAGUGUGGCCGAGGCUUCAGUUGGAAAUCGUGCCUCCUUACACACCAGAGGACACACUCAGGGGAGAAGCCUCAUGUGUGUAAGGACUGUGGCCGAAGCUUUAAUCAGCAAUCAAGUCUUUUUAGACACCAAAGGACACACUCGGGGGAGAAGCCUUAUGUUUGCAAUGAGUGUGGUCGAGGUUUUAACUGUAAGUCAAGCCUCAUUAUCCACCAGAGGACACAGUCAGGGGAGAAGCCCUAUGUGUGCAGUGAGUGUGGCCGAGGCUUCAACUGGAAAUCACGCCUCCUUACACACCAGAGGACACACUCAGGGGAGAAGCCUUAUUUGUGUAAGGAAUGUGGGCGAGGCUUUACCCAGAAAUCAGGCCUCCUUAGGCACCAGCGGACACACUCUGGGGAGAAGCCUUAUGAGUGUAAGGAGUGUGGGCGAGGCUUUACCCAGAAAUCAGGCCUCCUUAGGCACCAGCGGACACACUCCGGGGAGAAGCUUCACGUGUGUAAGGAUUGUGGCCGAGGCUUUAACCAGGAAUCAAACCUUCUUAUACACCACAGGACACACUCAGGGGAGAAGCCCUAUGUAUGCAGUGAGUGUGGCCGAGGCUUUAACUGGAAAUCACGCCUUCUUAUCCACCAGAGGACACACUCAGGGGAAAAGCCUUAUGUGUGCAAGGAUUGUGGCCGAGGCUUUAACCAGAAAGCAAGCCUUCUUAUACACCACAGGACACACUCUGGGGAAAAGCCAUAUGUGUGCAAGGAGUGUGGGCGAGGCUUUAGCCAGAAGUCAAGUCUCAUCAAACACCAAAGGACACACUCAG